AUGCCCCCAAUUGUUAUUGAUGGCAAAACAUCUAACCAAAAAGCGCUAAUUCAGGAUCUAAAAAGUAUAGUCAAGGGAGAUUUUAGCCUUAAACAUACCAAUUACACGACUAUACUAUUCGUUGAAAAUAAGGAUGAUCACACUAAUGUAGUUAAAAAUAUGAAAGAUGAAAAAAUGUCAUACCACACUUAUACUCACAGGGAUGACAAAUCUCAUGCCUUCGUGCUACGAGGCUUAGCCGAAGGCACGAAAAUAAAUGACAUAGAGGAAGAACUCGAGGAAGAGCACGAGAUCAAACCAAGGGCGGUCUAUCAGAUGAAGACUAAAGAGCGGCCCCUAUUCCUGGUAGUAACGGACCCUGCGAUAACUCUGGAAUACUUAAACAGAAAUACGAGGAGAAUUUUACACACCAGAGUUACGUGGGAACUCCAUAUUACCACAACAUCGUCAGAGGACCAUCACGACUUCAUCCUAUGUUCGUCCGAAAGUAUUUUUUUAAUAACAUUUGGUAGUGUAUAA